AUGAUUGCCAACAAGAAAACUGCCGCCACACCUACAUCCUCCUCCGACUUGGAAGAACUUCCAACAGAACUGUUGCUUCAAAUUGCCAAUUCCAUGCUCAACCCAGCCGAACGAACUCGACUCUCCAGCUGCAGCCAACGUUUGCAAAAGCUUCUUCCCCAAUAUCUUCGAGUCAAAAUCCUUUGUUCACGAGACGAUGAUGGUGGUGCCAUUCAACAGGACCUCUUUGUGUCUUGUGCCAAAUCAUCAUCUUUCGACCAGUUUUUGACGUCCAGCGAAAACCUACGGUACGGUCAGGAGUAUUACUUUUGGUCCUUUGAUUAUCAACGGGGCAACAAGGCGUUUCUGGGACGACACACGCGACAUGCCCACGAACCGUCGGAUGCCAAUCAUCAUUCUGAUGGCGGCGGCCGGUUGCAAUACUUGUACACGAUAGGCUUGCGGCCGUGCACUCCCAAUCAAACUUGGAAGGUCGUCGGUGGGACGGAUGGUGACAUGGUCAUGUGGGGAGAAGAAAUUGCGCUGACUGUGGGGGGAUUGAAUCCAAAACCAAGACAACCCGAUUCCAACCAACGUGGAACCUUGUGUUGCAUGCCCAAGAUGGCGAAUGGACCUGUUUGGAUUGUUUUGGACAGUCAUCAUAAUACUAGUGGUGACAGUGGCAGUGGCAGUUGUGGCAGUGAUGAUACUAACAAUAGUAUUAGGGGUGGGGAAUCGAGCAAAUUGAAAUUGAUGCCUUGCAACCAAUACAGUCCCUCUCCUAAAACUCCCGAAAAGGAAUUGAUUGUCCAUGCGAUUCCUCGGGUCUGCGACGAGGGUGAAUAUCUAUUGCACAGUCCUUGCAGCACGAUGCAUGGGUCCAUUCAUUCCGACGGCUUUCAUGUCAUUGUCGACUUUACCUUUUGGAUUCAUAAGGGUAUCAUGUAUUUUGGUUCCCCAGUCUUGCCAUUUUCCUUGGGGAUUCCAAUAUUGGAGACGGACAUUUUGGACAAUGGUGCUUGUCCCUUGGCCAAUUUGUUGAAUAUCAAGAGUGCACGAUGGGGAUGUGUGAUUUAUUACAUGGCCGUUGCUGCCGAUGUCGGGGAGGGAAAGAAUUUGAACAUGCAACGAUUCUUGCAACGAGUGACGGAACAUCGGGACCAUCAAGUGAUUGUCAAUGAAUCAAAAGAUCUCGUCUAUAUCAAUGUAUUGCACAAGCGAGUCAAGACCAUGGCGGAUCCCAUUCCAAGAAAUGAUGACGCCCUUUGGCGUUUCAUUCUUUCAUGGUAG